AUGUCUUACUCACAAAAUAGUACAGGGUCAGCGAACGGUCUGGCAUUUUUGAACGCUUCUCAAUCCCUCUCUUCAACUCCUGGCGCAACUCCUCCGCCCCCAAAAGGAUCGCAGAUGUCUUCCUUCGGCAUGUCAAAUGGCAUGUCAAGGAGUAGCUUUGGUGGCUAUGAUGGAGGAAACGACUAUGGGUCACAGGGACCAUACCAGAAUCAGAGUGACACACCACAAAUCUACCGCGCGGUUUACUCGAAUGUGUCGGUCUACGAGAUGGAAACCCGAGGUAUCGCAGUUAUGAAACGUCGAUCCGAUUCCUGGUUAAAUGCGACUCAAAUCCUGAAGGUGGCUGGGGUUGUCAAAGCCCGAAGAACGAAGACCCUGGAGAAGGAAAUUGCUGCCGGGGAGCAUGAGAAGGUACAAGGGGGUUAUGGAAAAUACCAAGGAACGUGGGUCAACUACCAGAGAGGUGUCGAUCUCUGUCGAGAAUACCACGUUGAGGAAAUCUUGCGACCCCUUCUGGAGUAUGACAUGGCCCCCGAUGGAUCCGGCGGCCCCUCUCAAGGAACACUCGAUACACCCACUAAGGAACAAGCCAUGGCUGCACAACGGAAACGCCUAUACAGUGGCGCUGAGAAUCGCAGCAUGCCUCAGCCCCAACAAGGGACGUUCUUCCAGAACAUCUCGCGCGCUGCAGCAACAGCAGUGAAUGCCAUCAGCAAAGCUCGGUUUGACUCUCCGACUGCCAACAGUCGACGGCCAAGUGUGCCGCGCAAGCCAUCGCAACAAAUGGCUAGCCAGAGCCAGGACUCCCAAAUGACCUUCGGCAGUCAGAACAGUAUGUACAUGUCCGAUAGCGGGUUCAGCAGCCUACAGAAUCGCUUCCAACAGGAGGAUCAUGAUGACUUUGCGGAACCCCCGCGCAAGCGUGUUCGUUCCUCGUCGCAUCAAGCCCCUCCAAUUGGCUUCCACCGCGAGCCAUCCAGCCUCUCCAUGCACGACCCUACUCCGACAGAGCCCAAUGAUUCCUUUUACCAGGACAUGGACUUGCCACCCCCGCCAAUUGAUGAUGGCCAGAAGCGCGGCCUUGAGCCCGUACCUCCAGCUUCAGAGCCGGAGGGCUUCCAAAAGACCAAACUGAUUAUGACACUCUUCCUUGACAAGCGAACCAAAGACUUCUCCAACCAUCCCGCUCUCAUGCAGCUAACUGGCGAAGAUCUUGAGAUCCCACUUGACGAGUAUCGAAAUAAUGCUCUUCAUUGGGCUGCGAUGCUUGCACGUAUGCCGCUAGUUCAUGCGCUCGUAGCCAAGGGGGCAAGCAUAUCUCGAGUUAACCUCGCUGGUGAGACUGCCCUGCAGAAGGCAGUAGGAACCCGCAACAACCUUGACUAUAGAAGUUUCCCCCGCUUGCUUCAGGUGCUUGCACCAACUAUCGACAUGGUUGAUUACAGUGGCAGGACUAUCUUGCACCACAUCGCUGUUAUGGCCGCAACAGGUGGCGGAGGCCAUGUCUCUGCUAAACACUACCUGGAAUCACUCUUGGAGUUCAUUGUCCGACAUGGUGGAUUAUCAUCAGCUACCAAUGGCGAUCAUACGCAAAAUGGUACCUCCGGUACAGAUUGCAUCUCUCUGGGGCGGUUCAUAUCAGAGAUCGUCAACCUGCGGGAUGAUCAGGGUGAUACAGCCUUGAAUCUCGCUGGGCGGGCACGCUCGGUCCUUGUUCCUCAGCUUCUGGAAGUUGGUGCCGACCCGCACAUUCCCAACCAUACCGGUCUCAGACCUGCCGACUACGGAGUUGGUGUUGACAUGGUGGACAAUUCGCAGUUGCAGCAGAACGGGGGCCGUAAUGAUACGUUUAUUGAUCAGCUGGCGAAAUCUAAGAAGGAGAUUCUCGAUGCCGCUAUGUCUCAAAUUAGCACAAUGGUUGAAGAGGCGCUGGGUGGUAUCGAUCGGGAGUUGGCAUCAAGCCUGACUCAGAAACAGGAGAAGUUCGACCACUGGCAUUCAAAGAUUCGCGAGUCUGCCAAGGCUCGUCAGAUCGAGCAGAGGCAGCUGGAUUCAUUGAAGCAACAAGCUUCAGACCGAGUGGAAGUCGACCGACGCAUCAAGAAUCUUGAGCGGUCUUCUGAAGGCUUGAUCAGCACAUUAAAGGGUACUCAAGGCUUUGACCUCUCUCAAGUCACGGUUGUCGGUGACGCAGACCAAGAUUCCGGCGUGGAUGUCACUACAUUCGAUACUCUAUUCGCAGAUACCUUUGACCCGACCUCAGGGUUCUCUGCUCAACAAAUCGCAUUCCUGGCAGCAUUAUCCCCGGCAGACGCGCUCCGGCACCGGCUCCAAAGCUAUCAAAAUUUUAAUGCAGGUAUAACUGCUGAAGUUGAUACCCUCAAGGCGAAAAACGCCGUUCUGGGCCAAAAUUACCGACGCAUGGUGAUGGCUUGCACGGGAUGGACCGCGGAACAAGUGGACGAGGCAGCAGAUGGCUUGACACAAUGUGUCAAGGAGUUGAAUGAUAACCCCGUACCGGAAGACGAGGCCAUUGAAAUCCUGAUGCGGGAUCGUGGACAGGACUGGUAA